UUAGAUCACUGCAUGGUCGCGUACCUCUAAUGCACAAUACAUUGUAACAAAUUAUGCAUGCAUUUUCACAUAUUGACAAUAUCUAAAUGCGAAGAACCAAAGUGCAUACAAAGAAAAGACUACUUCUAGUACAACACAUUAUAAUAAUUCCUUCUUCUAUCCGCCAUGACGCUUAAUCUCACUACCCUGGAUGCUCAUGAGCAACCAGAUGAACAGCUCAAAGCUACAUGGAAAAGAUAUUCGAGGACUGAGCACGAGGAAUUCAUAAAUCAUCCAGACAUAGACGAACUAGACCCUCCAAACACGGUAGGCUCAUUCAAGUUAGCCGGACAUAUCCCUAGUGAGAGCCUCAGGGCCUCUUUUGAGCAACUCGAAGGUGCGGACUGGGACGAAAGUCAGUCAAUUGAAGACGCUCCUUUUUAUUUCCAUCCUCUACUCCCAGGCUUGCUUAUAUUUCCUGCUCUGAUACCCCCAAGAACCCAAAAAGCAUUGUUAUCCCGCAUGGUUCAUAGGGAUCUAAGCAAUCCUACUCACCAGACUAACUUACACCUACAUUAUGACCUCCCCUAUCCAGAGCAGCAAGAUAAUGCAGAUGUGGAUUCGCGGUCGUUCUUCUCUUACUCCCCAGAUGCAUCCGCAAAAUUCCUGCCAAAAGAUCCGAGCGUCCAUAAGGCUUUAUCUAUCAAGCAAGUCCUCGAAAGGCGGUUAUCCUGGGUCACGCUCGGGGGUCAAUACGACUGGACCCAUCGAGAAUAUCCUAACCAGGCGCCUCCAGAUUUUCCCCAUGAUAUUGCCAAUUUCCUCCAGACACUCUUCCCGGAUACUCUUGCCCAGGCUGCCAUUGUCAACUUUUACAGUCCGGGGGAUACAAUGAUGAUGCAUCGGGACGUGAGCGAGGAAUCGGACAAGGGUCUCGUAAGUCUCAGCAUAGGCUGCGACGCGUUAUUCAUGAUUGCGCCCAAUGGUUACAAACACAAGUCGACCGGCGAAGAAAAAUCAGAAAAGCCGUACCUUCUUUUACGACUCCGAUCUGGAGACGCUAUCUACAUGACCCAGGAAUCACGGUAUGCUUGGCAUGGUGUGCCGAAGGUUCUUAAGGGCACCUGUCCAGAUUUCCUAGCCGAUUGGCCGGCAGUGGGUGACAAGUUUCAAGAAUGGAAAGGGUGGAUGCGGAAUAAGCGCAUUAACUUAAACGUCAGGCAGAUGAAAGAGUAAAUUUAUGUCGAUUUGAACGGCUUCAGAAUUAUGCUACGAAGUUUCUCUCGGGGUACCUGAAAUUUCCUCAGUUCAUUACCGUCAACCUAGAACUGGAGCAUGUCCCUUAGAUACGAUUAUAAGGAGUCUACACCCGUGUUACACUAUCCUCAAAUCGUCCAGACCCAGGGUGCGAGACAUAGUCCUAACAUAGUAUUAUCUGAACGAUAAUAUGCCAAGGUUAUCCUCUUCGAUUGAGCUAGUGCAGCCCCUUUUACGUUUUUUGUUUUAGAAAGAAAAAACAGUCCGAGCCUUCCAGCGACGU